CCAAAGUCAAGUGCGUUUGAUAGCCGCAUACAAUGGCAUAUAGUGUUAUGAAACUAGCUUUAUGUUUGUGCGUGAUUUUAAUUUUGCAAAAUGAACUUGGUCAUAAAGUUGAUGGUCAGCGUAAUCAGUGUAACGCCAGUGGUUUGAAACGGUUGGACGAAUUGGUGGCAAAGUUCGUGACAAUUGGCAACUCUGGCCGAAAGUUCCCGGAGUCUAAGGGACAGGCGUUGCAAAAAUAUUGCGACCAAGAGACCAAAACACUAUCGGAAAUUGAAAAGUACAAAAACAAUUGUUUCCAAAAUCUGAGCAAGCAAGUGUUUGGCAUAUACAUCUACUCGUUUAAGGGGGUGAUCCGAAAUUUUUGCUCUAAAAAGGAGUCCAAGCGCCUGGAUGAAAUAAUAGCGUGCACACCCUGUAUGAAUAAAUACAGCAAUGUCAUUGGCAAAUGUUACGACACUAUUAUUAAUGAGUUAUUGGGUGCUAAAAAUGCACCAGAAAAUAAACGCAUACCCCACAUGUGCUGUUGCAACGAUUACCUAAAAUACCUGAAAUGCUGUGAGGAUGGGUUAGCCGGCAAAUGUGAGCCCAAACACAUCGAGACUGGCAUCUGGUUCACCAAAAUGGUGUUCGGCGACGCUAUUAACCUAUUGUGCGGUGACUAUACCGAGGAGUCCGAUAAGUGCAGUAAACUAGAGCACCUGGAGGUCAGGGCUCAAGUGAAGAAAUGUGACGCAAAUAAUUUGCGCAAGGUUGAUUUGAGUGUGGCCAGGAUUAUUACGAUUGGAAACUCUGGGCGACAGUUCCCCGAGAAUAAGGGGGUUGACCUGAAAAAGCAAAACUUAAAUUAUGUAAAAGAUAUCGAAAAGUAUAAAAAUAAAUGCUUUAAGGGACUCACCAAACAAGUAGCCAGCAUACUUAUCUACUCGUUAAAGCACGCUAACUUUUGUACAUUUCAGAACUCAAUCGCCCAGUUAUGUAGCAAAGAGUCCAAAAAGCUGGAUGAGCUCAUAGCCAGCACCAAAUGUAUCAAUACGGCCACACCGGAAAUCAAC